AUGGCCUGGCAACCGGAACAAGAGCCAUUGAGGCAACUCUCAGGUUGCUUGAGAGACUCCCUGGGUGGUCACAAUAAGACAGCUCAGAAGCAAGCUGAGAUCAUGCUCGCGCAAGUAAAAUCCUCGCCCGACAUUAACAACUACCUCACCUACCUAUUCUCAAGUGCUCAAGCUCCUCCUGGCCUGGCCUACAGUCCCGAGGAUUACCAUGCCGUUCGAUCUGCUGCCGCGGUUAUGCUGAAGAACAAUAUUCGGACAGGUUACAAGGCUAUUUCCCAAGAGAGUCUUGCGCUUGUGCGUCAAUCAGUGCCAUUAGCUCUUCAAGACAAGAAUCCGUCGAUACGAAACUAUGCUGGGAACAUCAUCACGGAGAUUAUCAGUAAAGGUGGGAUUCUAGGUUGGCCGCAACUACUGCCAGAAUUGCUGGCUCUGAUUGGCAAUGACAGUGGAACGGUCAGCACUGAUGCACAAGAAGGCGCGAUGGCUGCUUUGGCCAAAGUGUGUGAAGACAACAAAAAGAUUCUGGACAAGGAUUACGGUGGACAACGACCCCUCGCAUUCAUCAUCCCGAAACUGAUCUCAUUUACGACGAACGAGAAGCCAAAGAUUCGGUCAUUAGCCCUUGGGAGCAUCAACGUUUUCAUUCCCCAAAAGCCUCAAGCUCUCCUGGUCUCCUUGGAUUCCCUUUUAAACUGUCUAUUUCAGCUUGCAAAUGACCCUUCUUCCGACGUUCUGCGGCAGGUAUGCCGUGCCUUUGUGCAGAUCGUUGAAAUCCGACCUGAUAAGAUCCUUCCACAUAUCGAGGGUCUUGUUGAAUACAUGAUAGCUCAACAACGAAAGAUCGAGGAUGAAGAGCUCGCUUGCGAUGCGGCGGAGUUCUGGUUGACCGUGGGGGAACAUGGCGAGCUCUGGAAGUCACUCACUCCCUACCUUCACAAGAUCAUUCCGGUCCUGUUGGAAAGUAUGGUGUAUAGCGAAGAAGACAUCGCUAUGCUGGAAGGUGGAGGGAAUGAUGCUGAUGAGGACGACCGUGCUGAGGACAUCAAGCCCAAGUUUGCCAAGAGCAAGAACGCCAGAAUCGCUUCCAAUGGCGAAGGGGACUGUGGCACUGAGGAGGAGCAAGCCUACCAAAAGUUAAACGGCAUGGAUGAUAACUUGAGCGAUGGCGAGAUCGAGGAAUUUGACGACGGUGACGAUGAUGAAAAUCCCGAAGAUCGAUGGAAUCUGCGGAAAUGCUCCGCAGCCGCUCUAGAUGUCUUUGCAACAGAUUUUAAGGGACCAGUCUUUGAGACCAUCUUGCCAUAUCUGAUGACAAAUCUCAAGCAUGAAGAAUGGCCAUCCCGGGAAGCUGCUGUGCUUGCCCUGGGAGCAGUUGCAGACGGCUGUAUCGAAGUUAUAGCACCACAUCUUCCGGACCUCGUACCGUACCUGAUUUCUCUGCUCAACGACCCGGAGCCUCUUGUUCGGCAAAUCACAUGUUGGACUCUGGGUCGAUAUUCUGCUUGGGGAGCUAGUCUCAACACUCCAGCUUUACGAGCACAAUUCUUCGAGCCGAUGAUGGAAGGCAUUCUCACUAAAAUGCUGGACAAUAAUAAGCGGGUACAGGAAGCUGGUGCCUCUGCGUUCGCACAUUUGGAAGAGAAGGCAGGUGUCGAUAUCACUCCUUACUGCGAACCCAUCAUUCGACAGUUCGUCCGAUGUUUCGAGAAGUACAAGGACCGCAAUAUGUUCAUCCUCUACGACUGCGUCCAAACCUUGGCCGAACAUGCAGGCCAUGCGCUUGCUCAACCCCAGAUAAUUGAAUUGCUUAUGCCAGCCUUAAUCCACCGAUGGAACAAGGUGUCUGACCAGUCACGGGAGCUUUUCCCUCUCCUAGAGUGUCUCUCAUACGUCGCGAGCGCCCUAGCCGAGUCAUUCGCGCCGUUCGCUCAACCCGUCUUUACCAGAUGCAUACAGCUUAUCCAUCAAAACCUGCAAGAGUAUCUUGCAUUCGUCCACAACCCAAUUUUAGACACGCCUGAUAAGGACUUCCUCGUAACGAGCUUGGACCUCUUGAGCUCCAUAAUUCAGGCCCUUGAGGGGAAGCAAUCCGCUGAGCUCGUAUCCAGCUCCCAGCCACGCCUGUUCGAGUUGCUCCAGUUCUGUAUGGAAGAUCCAGAGAAUGACGUUCGACAAUCCUCAUACGCACUUCUUGGAGAUUGCGCAAAGUACGUCUUUCGAGAAUUGGAGCCUUUCUUAGGUACCCUGAUUCCACUACUGAUCCAAGAACUCGACGUCGAUGCAAUUCUCGACGAGCAGAUCGAGAGUGGCUUCAGUGUAGUUAACAAUGCGUGCUGGUCUGCUGGCGAAAUUGCUAUCCAAUAUGGCAAUGGAAUGGAACCCCACAUUCCCCAGCUUCUCGAACGACUUCUUGCGAUCCUAGGCAACCCAGAGGUGCCCAAAUCCGUCAUUGAGAAUGCUGCAAUUGCUCUCGGUCGCCUUGGCCUGGAGAGUGCGAACAUUAUGGCACCUCAUCUGACGAAAUUCUCGGAGCCGUUCCUGAACUGCAUCGCCACGGUCGAUUUUACCCUCGAGAAGGCUACGGCCUUCAAGGGGUUCAGUCUAAUUAUCUCGCGCAAUCCGCAGGCCAUGGAAAAAGAUCUUGGGCGGUAUUUUACUGCUGUUGCACAAUACAAGAUGAUGGAAGCGUACAAGACCCCGUUGACGGCUGACUUGCAAAAUAUCUUCAAACAGGUCGGUUAUUUCAUCACCAUUGUUGACCUCUACAAGUCCCUCGUCCCGGACUUCAGCGCAUUUAUCAACACACAGAUCUCACCGGCAGACGCCAAUUACCUUCGAAUGGUCUAUCAAUUGUGA